CCCACAUCCAUCCUCCUCCCCUUCAGCCCCGCCGGCACCGCUCUUCUCAUCGUCCUCCGCAUCGGCGGUUCACGAGCAUGGUAGGACCAGCGAGUCUCAGUGAUGUCCUCGGGUAUGCGUCGAUAGCCAGCUGGCUUGGUGCUCAAUUUCCACAGGUCGUCGAGAAUAUUCGCAGGCAGUCGGCGGACGGUGAUGCUACGAACCUUAUUGGCUGCGUCCUCACCCAUCAAUUGCCGUUCCAAACAUGGCUAGCAGCGUAUUUCUGCUUCGUCGACUUCAGCCUCCUCAGCCAGUACUUCUACUACAGGCACAAGUUCCCAUCCAAACCUCCGCCCUACUUAUCGGUUCGCUCCCGAACUACGUCGACGGCUACCACACACCGCCUCUCCACCGAGCGCGAAGCUACGCAUUAUCGCGCGCUUUCAAACGUAGCGGCGAAUGUCGCUGCCGCUGCCGCUCUCGUCGCUGAGCAGGAGGAGCAUGCUCGAUGGCAUCGACAUAGCCUUGAGCGUGUCCCGCAUUCAGCCUUUGAAGCACGGGAACUUCUCGCGGAGGAAGAUGAUGAUGUCGACGAAGAGGGGCUCGCGCGCCUCGCUGAUAGCUUCCAUUCUGAGGGCGGUCGCUCAGGACGCCGGAAGAAGGUCUCCUGGAGUCAAGAGCGUGGUGGGAGCGUAGGUCGACACGGGCAGGGGACGAUGUCGCCGCCAAGCAGGGUACACACAUCCUUGCAGAUGAGCAUACCGCCUCAGGUGGAAGAACUGGACCCGCUUGUGCGAGGUCGACCGCUCUCACGCGACAUGCCUGCUGAAGAGGAGGCGCAAUGGUCGGCUUCACAGAGGCGAAGUUCACGAGCAAGUCGGAAAGGCGCGAGCAUGGUGUUCUUGGGGGUGUGGGCACUGUUUGGUAUGCCCGUUGCAUACGUCGACACGCAUCCACGCUCCGCGGACAUCGAUACCGCCGCAAUUUCUACACAUGCUGCCGACAAUACAGACCAUACCGCUACCAAACAGCCAGAACAUUCAACUGAGUUCAUCAUUGGACGCAUAUCCGCUUGGAUAUGUACGACACUUUACCUCACGUCCCGAUUGCCUCAGAUCUGGAAGAAUUUCGUCCGUAAAUCUGUGGAGGGCCUUUCGAUAUAUUUAUUCAUUUUCGCAUUCCUGGGCAAUCUCUUCUACGUCGCAUCGAUCCUCACAUCUCCAAACUGGGCUCCCGGAGCCGGCAGCAUCUGCAUUCAUCAAAGAAAAUAUUUGCUUGGUAGCGGUGGCACGCUCAUGUUCGACAUCACUAUCGUCGCGCAGUCUGUCAUCUACAAAGCAAAGACGCACCGUGGCCGGCGCAGUUCCCGGUCAUUAGCUGCAGAAGAGGAGGGCUUACUGAGUGCCGGCGCGACUGGCACCGAAGACGUUACCACUCCAUCGCGCAGGCGGACCGGCAUGUCAGCGGAUUCGACGACGUUGUGAUUCAUUGACCGUUUCGCUCGGAAUCUGCUAUGUGUUCGCAUUGGGACUGUGCACAUUGUAGAUCUAGAUCCACAUCGUAUCGUAGUUGCAUUCCAGUAGUCGCUGUAUCUGUAUGUCGUGCAUCGAUGCAGAUCGUCGGACGUGAUUGAGGCUGCGCAUUGUAGGGCCUUGUGGGUGCGGCCAGUCUGCCACACU